UGUAGAUCAUCCUGACCACUCACUGCUCCUCAUCCAGGAAUCUUCUCAAAGGGCUUCUUGGGGUACCUUUUUACUUUUUUAAACAAAGGGAAGAAAAUGGCACCAAAGAAAGAUGUCAAGAAAGCUGCACCUGCUGCAGCCCCCGCCCCAGCACCAGCGCCAGCGCCAGCCCCAGAACCACCAAAGCCCAAAGAACCAGCAAUUGAUCUCUCCACCAUCAAGAUCGAGUUCUCCAAGGAUCAACAAGAUGACUUUAAGGAGGCAUUCCUCCUCUUCGACAGAACUGGGGAAGCCAAGAUCACCCUAAGCCAAGUCGGAGAUGUCAUCCGUGCUCUGGGACAAAACCCCACUAAUGCUGAGAUCAAGAAGAUCCUGGGAAACCCCAGCAAUGAGGAAAUGAAUGCUAAGAAAAUUGGGUUUGAAGAGUUCCUGCCCAUGUUGCAGGCAGCUGCCAACAACAAAGACCAGGGUGGCUUUGAAGACUUUGUUGAAGGUCUGCGUGUCUUCGACAAGGAAGGCAACGGGACAGUCAUGGGUGCUGAACUCCGUCACGUACUGGCCACUCUGGGUGAGAAGAUGAAGGAAGAAGAAGUAGAAGAACUGAUGAAAGGGCAGGAGGACUCCAACGGCUGCAUCAACUAUGAGGCAUUUGUGAGGCACAUCAUGUCUAUCUAAAUGGAUUUUUGAAGACACACAAUUUGAACAAGAUCAGCAGGCCCUUGAGAUAUGCAUUUCUAGGACACCAUUGUUUCAUCCAGUAAUACCACUCUGGAACCUAAAAGGACUGUAAUAUCUGCCUCCCAAACACUCCCUUUUUAAAGCCAUCAGCAUGAGAUGCCAAUCGAAUCUAAAAAUUUUAACACUUUGCAGCUAGAACACUUGCUGAGCCUAAUGAGAAGGACUAUGUUGCCACUGCUGUCAAACCCAAUUAUCUUUUUUCCAUAUUGUCUACCAUGGAAGCAAUGUAUGCUAUUCAAAAGAGAAGGAAAAAGAGAAUCUGACAAUAAAUUCCUGUG